AUGUCGAACAAAGCGGUCCAAGCCCGUUCGCUGCUGAAUCUCUUCUCCAAGGCCAAACUCACAUGUCCGCAUCACGAUCACAGUCCAGCCGCCGGGCAUGGAGGCCUGAUUCGGCAUCAUCAUGAUGAUGGAGGUAAACAUUUUUUGGGUUCUCAAUAUUUUUUUACUUGUUUUCUGAAAAUAUAGAUAAUUUACUAUGUGAAAAUGCCAAAAAUUUUUUGAUGGACCGUAUUUUAGGCUGUGAGUAUGCUUUCGAAAUGAUCAGUUCGACAAUCCGUUUCGGGCGCGGCGUCACCGCCGAACUCGCACACGAUGUGAAGAAUCUCAAAGCCAAACGCCCACUGGUCAUCACGGACAAGAAUGUCGCGAAGACAAGGGCUUUCGUGUAAGGUUUUUUGAUGAUUUUUAUAUUACUUUAGGUGUUUAGAUGACCGAUUUGCAAAAAAGUUGAUUUUUUAGAUGUUUUUGAUGAAUUAAUAAGUGAUAAGCUAAAACUACAUGCAUUUUAUCGUAUCUGACUUCAUUCUAAAGUCGAAUUGACUUGAGUUUCUAUGGCAAAAUCAUCAAUUUGGACCUUGUUUUACAAGGAAAGCACUUUUAUGGGAUAUGGAGUUACAGGUGGGGACAUACAUCAAAGAAAUCGCAAAAUUUUUCUUUUUCAGAAUAUGUAAAAGUUAGCUGCCUAAUUUUGGUUUGUGAGGGUGAAAAAAUCCUCAGAACUUGCUUGUCUCGCAGCACCACGCAAAUGCCUUUUCGACCCAGUUUUUGCUAAAUCAAAAGCUUUGUUUUGAGCUAAAGUAAACCCUGGUAUCUUGAAAAAGCCUUACAAUAUCAAAUUUGAUUAAUAAUACGCCUUAGUUAGUAGUUCCAAUGUAAAAUAGGGGCAUUAGUGUGGUGUUCCGACUAAUUAAGGUGUAGUGUUAAUAAAAUUUGAUAUUGUAAGGCUUGCCAAGAUGCCAGGGUUUACUUUAGCUCAAAACAAAGCGUUUGAUUUGGUAAAAACUUUGUCAUAAAGGCAUUUGCGUGGUGUUCCGAGAAAAGUUCUGAGGAUUUUUUCACCGUUAUAAACCAAAAUUAGACAGCUAACUUUUACAUAUUCUGAACCAGAAAAAUUUUGCAUCUUUUUUAUGUAUGUCUCGACCUGUAACUCCAUACCCCAUAGAAGCACUUUCCUUGUUAGUUUCUUUCACAUCAAAGAGGUGCUUUUGCUUUUUAAAAACGUUUUCGUACGUUCUUGCUCGUAUUUCACUUAAUUUUCCGCAAUUUCAGUGAAGUUGCCAGCUCCCUGCAACGAAACAAUGUGAGCUACGACGUGUUCGACGACGUUCUCUGCGAGCCUUCGGACGCCUCCAUGCUGAAGGCCAUAAACUUCGCGCGCUCCUCCCAAUUCGACUGCUUCAUUGCGGUGGGUGGGGGCUCGGUUAUCGACACCUGCAAGGCGGCCGCUCUCUUCGCCAGCAACCCCGAAGCCGAUUUCCUCGACUUUGUUCAGCCGCCAUUCGGAAAGGGCAAACUCCCCGAGAAUGUAAUGAAACCGUUGAUUGCGGUCCCCACAACCGCCGGCACUGGCAGUGAAACCACGGGUAAGAGGGUUUGGAAUGUACGGAAUGAGAUUUGAUCUUUAGCGGUCUCAAUUUUCGACCUCCCCGACAGGGAAUGCAAGGCCGGAAUCCGGCUUCGCGCCAUCAAACCCCUGCUCGCCGUCAUCGACCCGCUGAAUGUGCUGAGCAUGCCGCGCAACGUGGCCAUCUACUCGGGAUUCGACGUCCUCUGCCAUGCGCUGGAGUCCUACACGGCGAAGCCGUAUUACGAACGACAGCCGCGUCCCGCAACCCCGAUGGAUCGCCCGGUUUAUCAAGGCAGCAACCCCAUCAGUGAUGUCUGGGUUCGCGAGGCCCUCAGGGUAAGCGGAAAGGAGGUGGUGAAAAAAAUUGUUGAGAAAUUAAUAGUAGGGUAAUUGAGCUUUAUUGAGGAUGAAAAUGGAGUUGUUUGGAGGUUGGCUUCGUUUUGAAAAUAUUGAUUUAUGUUUUAGAGAGGAAAAAUGACAAAAUUUUAAGGCAAAAAAUUUUCAUCCAUGAAAUGUAGGACUUACACGGUCCUGACGGGCGACUUGACGGAUUUUACAACUCGCAAUAAAUUUUUUUUCAGAUUAUCCGCAAAUAUUUCCGCCGUUCCAUCUUCGACCCGGAAGAUGUGGAGGCCCGCACGGAAAUGCUGAAAGCCUCUUCGUUUGCCGGUAUGGGCUUUGGAAAUGCUGGAGUCCAUCUUUGUCACGGUCUUUCUUAUCCAAUCAGCUCUCAGGUAAGUGUUGUUUGGCACAAUUCCACUUUUGACAUUUCGUCACGUUUUUAUUGAUUUUUUGUUUUUAAGGAAAUUUGUAUUUUAUAUGAUGGAACACAAGUUUUUUUAGAGUCUUCUAGACAUUUUUGUUUCAUUCUUGACAAGAAAAAUGAUUUUUUGACGAACGCUUUAUAUUGUUUUACCCAAAAAUUUCAGGGAAAACGCUACACCGACCCUUGCUAUGCCCAAAAUCACCCACUGAUCCCGCAUGGACUCUCCGUGGUCACCACUGCGCCUGCUGAUUUUCUAUUUACCACUGAUGCAUAUCCUCAACGGCAUCUGGAAGCCGCGCAAUUGCUCGGAGCCGACCUCAAUGACAAUGCGUCGCCGGAUUUGAUCGCCAAAAAGCUGGCCGACGAGAUCCGAGGCUACAUGAAGGACUUUGGAUGCCCCAAUGGAUUGAAGGUGAGAUUUUUAGUUAUGAUUUUGGUCAAAAGUUUAAAAAAAAAAAUUUUUUUUUUUUUUUGAAAUUCUGAUUUGAAAAAAAAAUUUUGAAAAUUCGACCAAAAAGUUUACAGGCCCUGGGAUUCGACCGCGGAGACGUCGACAAGCUCGCCGACCGCGCCACUGGCUCGCUGAAAAAGGGUGGAAUCGCGCCGAAGGACCCGGACACGGACUCGUUGGCCAAGAUUUACGAGUCCUCCUUGGAAUGCUAUUAA